AUGGUCGCCAUUCGCUCCUUUCUUAUCCUCUCCGCUACGGUUGGCAUUGCCUCCGCUGGGAAAUGCAAGCCUGAAAGCCGGUCGAGCUCCAUAGCAAGCUCCAUCGUGUCGGUGACGAGCAGCACUGGUUCCGCCAGCGUCAGCGUGAUUGAGUCUAGUACUACUCUGGUUGACACGACCACGGAAACGACCCUUACCAAGUCUGCUACAGAGACUGCUUCCAGCGAGACUGCCUCCGCAAGCGGUUCGGCCUCAGUCACGAUCAUCGAGUCCUCUACCACUCUGGCCGAUACCACCGUUGAAUCGAGCAUUGCGGAGUCUACUGCUUCCAGCGCCACCUCUGCCGAUGUCAGCACAACCGAGUCCAAACUCACCACGUUCCUCACUUCUUUCACCACCUUAAACGUAGACACCACUACCGAAGCUGCAACCACCACUACAGCUGCACCCGGACCUGUCGUAUCAUGCCCCUCCGACGUCAACCAAUGCCUCGGCACCAUGGAGAUUCAGUGCGACGUGCUCCUCGGAGGAUUGAACAGCCCUAGCAUUCUCGCUGAUAUGAACGCAUGUGCUCAGCAAUGUAACUCCGACAAUGCUUGCCGAGCCUUCACAUAUAAUCAGAACAUGCAUGAAUGCUUCAUUGUCACUACCCAAGAGAUCUUUGCCGCCGAUGUUGGUGGCUGGGUAGCUGGCAUCAAGGGAACGUGCGGCGAAACCACCGAGUCCAGCAGCACAGUCUUUACAUCCACCGCCGAAACCACGACUACCGAAGCGGCAACGACAACCACUCUGUCAACGGCUGAUCCUACUUGUCCCUCGAUGGUUAAGCAAUGCGCCGGUGACUCGGCAGUGUUGUGUGAUGUCCAGCUUGAUAAUUUGGUACUCGCAGGGUUCUCCAACGACAUUGUUGAGUGCGCUUCAUUCUGUGACCAAGAUGACGACUGCGCCGGCUUCUCCCGUGUCCGCUCGUCCGGAGGAUGCUUCAAGGCCAUAGCUCUCAUCGCUGACGUCUCCAAAACUAACAGAGACGGAUGGGACAGUGGCAUCAAGUUCACGUGUGGACAAGAACCCGAGCCUACAACUACAGCCUUCACAUCCACUGCCGAGACCACUACAACCGAGGCAGCUACUACCACAACCGCAGCGGCACCACCAGUGGACAACUGUCCUCCCGAGACUGGCGUCUGCUUAGGCUCAGCGCAAAUCCAAUGCGACGUCAGUCUAUACGGUGGGAACCUUGUUGGCGGCGGCAGUAUCUCGCAGUGUGCUAUGCUUUGUCUGACUGACGGCUUGUGCACUGGCUUUUCCCGCAGACGGGACGAUGGUGCGUGUUACAUCACCUUUGAUGACCCUGUUGCGACGACUGAGAACGAGGGAUGGGACACUGGUGUCUUAGGCUCUUGCGCCACUUAG